AUGUACGUUAUAUGGUGGCACAAACCUCGCCAAGUAGCGUCGCCGACCAUUCUGAAAGGAGAGUGGUUGGGGCCAUUGGCAGCAUACAUGUUCCUCGCUAGUCGGAUGAGUGGUGAGGCACCGACUGGCAUGAUGUACAUGUUCCGAAAUGCGACUCCGGAACUAAAGAAGCUCGCUUACUAUGAGGAGACCGUUCAUGAAAAGGAUAUCCAACAGAUGAUACAUCGCCAAGAUACAGCGCACACUCUUACUAGUGGUCAUUUUCGCCCUCGCCCCCAGUUAUCGUCAGCAACCCAUGCUCGUAUACCUUCUUCGCCCGGACCAAAGAGUGGCACUAGAGCCGCUCUUCUACAACUCGCGGUCGAAUGCGUCAAUCUUUAUCCUGCGCUACACUCGCGCUUCAUCAAGUCUACGGAUGAAGCUAGCGCCCAUAUGACUUACUUCAUUCCCUAUGCGACCGAGUUGGUACAACCACACUCUCUUGACUGGCCAAAUGCUGGUCUCCUUCGACGUACCCAAUCUCUUAUAAUGGGCAUGGUUCUUUGGGGUGCUUCGAUGGCUUAUGGUGCUAUACACGUCGCGGCAUGGCACUACUUCUUUCCUACUCCGCUCGAGCAACUCUUGUGGCGCUUGAGCUCCGUGUGGGUCACAUUCUGCGCAGCCUUCUGGCUUGUUACAAAUCUCCUCGCACAUGCAUUUCCAAUCAUCGAUAGAGUUUGGGUCACUUACAACGAGCGCAGGCUGGGAUGGCUCGGGACUUUUGUUAUCACAAUCUUGUGUGCGAUAUGUGGACCAUAUGUCGAAGUGCGUACCAUGACACUUUGUUCAUACAAUCCCAUGGAGAUAGUAUGA